AUGGCCAUCUGCAAGUAUGACGCAGCAUUUUCUCUAACCCAGCUCAGAUGGAUACACAUCAACUCUAUCUGGGAUCGAACAGAGAAGGUACUGUUCUUGCUCCUCGACGGCUACCUAAACUACUACUUCAUACGCGUGGUGAACGCAGACCUAGUGAGAAACGGCUUGACCAAAUACAAUCGUCUAGUCCGCUUCAACAAGCGUAUAAUUGUAGUUUCUCUUUCUCUAGACGUCAUGAUCAUCGGAGCAAUGAGCAUUCCUAAUGGAUUCGUUUACGCAAUGUUUCAUCCGCUGGCCUACAUAGUCAAGCUCAACAUUGAGAUGUCAAUGGCCCAUCUCAUCAAGACGAUUGUGCUGGACAACCGACAUACAGUCUGCGAUCCGCAUCUGUUGUUGACAUACAAAUCAUCUCCGGAAUCGGACGUACUCAACACCAAUCUAUUCGCGGAAGUGCCCAGGCAUCGACUGUCACUUAUUCGGGGACUCUUUGGUGGAGAACAUGUCGUAUUCCCACAAGAAGAUGUUCGAGCUAGGGAACUGCAAGAUGUCUCUAUACAGACCACAUCGAUACCCGAUUCUGAAACGCCGCUCCGUAAACAUGUGGCCAAAAAAGAAGCUGGAACAAGUUCCGGUGACAAUCUGAGUAUCUAUGAUGCCCAAGGAAACAGGAAUGAUGAUGUGGAGAACGUCACUGGGAAUGACGAGAACAUGGAUGGAAUUGAGAUGUUGGGAGGAAUACCACCGAUAACUCUGCCGGAGCCCGUCCUGUUACCCGCUCUCUUUCUUGGUGUUGAAAAGCCCACAACUGCAUAUCGCAUCGUUAAACACCAGUUCUUUGAAAUGAAGGGUGUAUUCGCCUUUGCUAGCUUCGUCGCUAUUGCUAUCGCGGCAGAUCCCAAGCUAUCUAAAGCUAAACCCUCCAUCUCGUUGAACCCCCUCGCAAGGCGUAACUACGCUGCCACAUACUGUACGUUGCACUCAAACCCAAAAGGAUCCAUCCAUACUAAUAAGCCAGACUCUACUCCUCCCGAGCCCACGGACAGCUACCCGGUGUCCUCCGUCAUUGAAAUUCCUCCUCCACAGCCCACCGAAUGCUUAGAUACAGACCCAGACCCAUGCUCGACAGUAUUGAUCACCGUCACCUCUAUCCACACCAUCUCCGUCAGCCACGUCCCUUCAAGCCUCAUCAGUGAACCACCCACCACCAGCGAUCAGAGCUCUGCCACUGUUCCCCCGGAGUCGGCCCCUGCGACCGAGACAGAGAAGAGCAGCACCGCCGCGCCGGAGGAAUCCACGGUUGGGACGACAACCGAUAUCCAGACUGAAACGUCGCUGGAGCCGGGUACGCCUAUCGCUACGGCUACGGAGACAGCGACGGAAAGCGAACUGAGCACUAGUCUUCCAUCUGACAUUACACUUUCAAUAUCGAUUAUUGAAGGGAGCAGUGUUGCGCCACCUGAGGCACCGUUUCCUACUGCUACUGAUGAGCCGACGCAGACUUCUGCUACUGGGACUGGAUCGUAUACGGCAUCCCCUACGCUACCGGAGUUCACUGCUGCAGCGGAUGCAGUCAGGGUCCCGGCUGUUGUUGUUGGUGUUCUUGGAUGGGCUGCUUUGAUGAUGUAA